CAGAUUGUUCGCUACCCCUUUUUUAUCAACAUUCAUCUCCUGUCUUUGUCGAAUAUGAGUACACCUUCAAUCCCAAAAACACAAACGGCCAUCAUUCUUCGUCAAUAUGGCGAACCAACGGCAAUGGAAGUGGACAAGGCAUACAAAGUACCUUCACUCGAAGAAGUAACACCUACAAAAGUGUUGAUCAAAAACGUUUUUGCAGGAAUUAACUUUAUUGAUACAAAUGUACGUAGAGGUAAAUAUCCUUCUCAAUUACCAAUCAUACCUGGGAUGGAAGGUGCUGGAACGGUUGUUGCAGCAGGAAGCGAAGUUCAACAAUUGUUUCCAAUGGGUUCAAAAGUUGGUUAUAUGGGUAUGGGUUUGCAAUCGUAUGCGGAAUAUGCAUUGAUUGAAGCGGAUAAAUGCGUUCCGAUCUUGGACUCAAAUGUUUCUUUUGAGGAUAUUUGUGGUGCUAUGAUGCAAGGAAUGACUGCUCAUUAUCUCACAAGUGCUGAUGGUACAUAUGAAGUCAAGAAAGAUGAUCAUGUCUUAAUCCAUGCAGGAGCAGGAGGAAUGGGUUUAUUGCUCACACAAGUUUGCAAGUUGAAAGGAGCAAAAGUGACAACGACAGUCUCCACCCAACAAAAAGCACAGAAGAGCAAAGCAGCAGGAGCAGAUAAUGUGGUCCUAUAUGCAAACCAAGAUGGUACCCCUACAGAUGCCUGGGUUGAAGAAGCACGUAAAACGACUCCAAACGGUCAAGGAUUCAAUGUGAUUUAUGAUUCGGUUGGAAAGACAACAUUUGCGCAUUCGCUUGAUUUGAUUGCUAAACGUGGAAUGGUGGCUCUUUAUGGCUCGGCAAGUGGACCGCCAGAUCCAAUUCAACCUUUAGAUUUGGUGAAAAACUCUACAAAGAUCACACGACCAACCCUUUUCCAUCAUGUGGAAAACGCAAUCACUCUACGUCAUCGUGCAAAUGAGGCACUAACGUGGAUCGCCUCGGGUAAGGUAAAAUUUGAUUAUGUCAAAUACCCACUCGAUCAAGCAGCAAAAGCACAUGAAGAUCUACAAGGACGCUCGACAACCGGUAAAUUGUUACUCCAAAUCUGAAUUAUAGACAAAAAAUGCUAUUCAUUCAUUCGUUAAACCCAUUGCGUGCGUAUCUAUGUACAAAGAUCUUUUAUUGACGACGUUUGCCUGUAAUAUCAGCAAAGAUUCCUUUGCAAAUGCUUGCAAGACUUUGCCAUGAUUCCCAAAUUGGCAUAACAAUCACAAUUCCCGCUGAACAGAACAUCCAAGCGAUAAUUAUUCCAACCCAUGCUCCUAAUCCUGUUGGCGUAAAGGUUUUUGGAAUGAUUGCCAUGCAUGGAACAAAGAUUAAAAGAAUGAAUGUCAUCGGAAUCGAAACACGAAUAGCCAUUCGAACGCUCUUCUGUAGUUCUACAGGGUCCA